AUGUCUCUCAAACGUUCGAUCCAGCCAAUGACUGUCGUCGAGCCGAGUCCGAAACCCACCCCAAUGUGCUGUUGCGGCCGCAUCUCGAGGCGGAAGCUUCUCAAGAUCCUAGCGUGGGUGCUCCCGCUGAUCUUUUUCCUCGCGUUCCUCCCGGGAAUCGUGAUCAACGUCCAUCCCAAGUCUCCCUCAGCCGCCGGAGGGCAGACCGACAUCUGCAAACCAGACAGCUACAACAUUCUGAACUACCGCUACUUCGCCGCCUCGCACAACUCCACCAAUCACGACCAGCACGUCUAUUACGCGAAUGUCAGCUUCAGCCAGUCUGCGAACUCCGGCGACGGUGGCGUCCUGAAGCCAGCCCCUUGCCACGCCAGCGAUACAACGCAACACCCUUCUGCCCUCGAUCCCGACGCUGCCUACGACACCUUCGCCGUCUACGACCGUUCUGGCAUCCGUGUGUUCGCGAUUACGUUAAGUGACGUGAAUCAGGCCGGCAACACGUUCAAUAUGUCGCUCUUCUGGAUCUGCUCGGGCAAGCCGUACACAUUCUGGACGAAUGUGACUAUUUCGCCGUACGACUGCCACGACGUCGACGACGGCAAAAUGGCUGGACGGCUUUGCAAGGGGCCGGAUGAGUACACGUUUACGGCGGAACAUGAGACCGAAGGCUGA